UUUUCAUUGGUCAGGAUCCUCUUCCUCGUGCCUCAACGUGACAUCACAUCCACCCGACCCACAGGAAAGCAACAGAGAUUACAGAUGAUGCUGGACACCUAAGAGGACGCACGGGCUUUUUACGCUUUCACACACAAUCGCUCGCUAACCGCUCUCUUUUGCGCUUCCAGGCACCAAAAUAGAGGAUAUCGGCGCUAAUGCGUUGCGGUUUUGGAGAGUCUGCUUCGUGAGAAGUAGUAGGAGGACUGUGCUCGGAUUUUCACUUUUUUUUUGUGAAUGGAGAUGAGUCGUGCGUAAAAAAAAAUCUGUUCGUCCUAUUUCAGAGAAGGGCUGUCACUCUCCCACCUGUUGGCAGGUGGUGUUGGCUUUACCCGCGCGGACAUCUACUAUGACAUUGGGUUUGGAAAUCAUGGAGGAUAUUGUUAUCGACGUAGUGGGGGAAGGACUCAAAGACAGCGGAGAGGAGCAACUCUUACCUUUGGAUGAGUCUCGGAGCGAGCAGGACCGCAGCACGGACACUUCCAGCAGCCAGGGUAAAGAGCGGGACUCCUACAGUCCAGCGAAAACCAAAGGUCCCACGUCGGUGAAGCCUCCGUACUCUUACAUCGCUCUGAUAACGAUGGCCAUACUGCAGAGUCCGAAGAAACGGCUCACCCUCAGCGAGAUCUGUGACUUUAUCAGCCACCGCUUCGCUUAUUACCGGGAGAAAUUCCCCGCCUGGCAGAACUCGAUCAGACACAAUCUGUCGCUCAAUGACUGCUUUGUAAAGAUGCCCAGAGAGCCCGGAAACCCCGGGAAGGGCAACUACUGGACGCUGGAUCCAAACUCCUCGGACAUGUUUGAGAACGGGAGUUUCCUGCGGCGGAGGAAGCGCUUCAAGCGGCAGCAUUUUCGCUUCGACCCGCUCAAGGAGCAGCACCUGGAGCCCAGCGGGCUGCACGGGUUCCCGCACGGCGCCUACGGGCUCAGCGCGGCCGCCCUGCAGCUGCCCAGUCUGGAGAUUUACCCCUACCUCCAUCACCAUGCGCCCUCGGCGUGCGGCCCCGCCACCAUCCCACCUGUCAGCAGCAUCCUGCCGGCUCUGUCCAGCUUCUUCUCCCGCAGCGCCCUCACGGCCAAGGCUUUCCUGCAGUCGCAGCCCGGCAUCGAAGCCUUCUCCCCGGCACAGUGCGCCGCUUACUCCGCUCCUCUGACCUCCAGCGUUGCCUACGCGUCCCCCGCGCUCUUCCACCCCGCGGCGUCCCCGCACUUCCUCAGUUUACACCAGGAGUAUCAGAAACUACAGACUCAGCGUGGCACCGUGGACCUGGCCAAACACAUCAGCACUGCUAACAAUGAAUAAUCAAUAAAGCGGACUUUGAACUCGUGUUUUCUCAGGUAACAGAGACAUUUUAUGCAGAAGCUCACAGUUUCUCUCCAGCGUCGGAGAGUGUGAUGAAUCUGCUUUCAAAGAAUGUUGUAGAUAUGUUAAAAGAUCUCCCCCCUUCUCAACUUUAUGGACAAAAAAAAAAAAAGAAAACACUUUUAGCAGACGCCUUUUUUAUUUUGAUCAUGAAUUAUCAUCUUUUUGUCGAAAUAUUUAAAUGACGA